AUGCAUCCCCCAAUGCGCUCCCUCUUCGUCGCCAUCUACAACAAAGUCUUCAACAUCCAACUUACCCACGAUAUAUCCCUCAACAAGACGAACGAGCCAAAAACGAAACAAGGCUACAAACUUGUCCCCCAACACGAGGCGCAAGGCCUGCCAUGCAUGGAGUCUGACCACUGGCACAAUGAGAGUGGCAUUUCCGCAGUCGCAUACCACGCAGAGCCGGACGACGAUGGUUCAAGCGGGCUUACAGACGGGAAGAGUGACGGCGAUGAAUUGCAGAGGGAUCAGCAGCACUUGGGGAUCAUGAAGAGGACUGAGCUGACGGUUUCGGAGCAUAGAAUAUAG